AUGGAGGCUCUUGUGAACGUGUACCAGACCAUGAUGAAGCAUGGAGAUCCCCGGAUACAGGGCUACCCUUUGAUGGGGUCCCCCUUGCUAAUGACCUCCAUUCUCCUGACUUAUGUGUACUUCGUUCUCUCACUUGGGCCUCGAAUCAUGGCCAAUCGGAAGCCCUUCCAACUGCGUGGUUUCAUGGUUGUCUACAACUUCUCAUUGGUGGCACUCUCCCUCUACAUUGUUUAUGAGUUCCUGAUGUCUGGCUGGCUGAGCAGCUACACCUGGCGCUGCGACCCUGUGGACUUUUCCAACAACCCAGAGGCUCUGAGGAUGGUUCGAGUGGCCUGGCUCUUCCUCUUCUCCAAGUUCAUUGAGCUCAUGGACACGGUGAUCUUUAUUCUCCGGAAAAAAGAUGGACAGGUGACCUUCCUACAUGUCUUCCACCACUCAGUGCUUCCCUGGAGCUGGUGGUGGGGAGUGAAAAUUGCCCCAGGAGGAAUGGGCUCUUUCCAUGCCAUGGUAAACUCCUCUGUGCAUGUCGUCAUGUACCUGUACUAUGGAUUGUCUGCCCUUGGCCCUGUGGCUCAGCCCUACCUUUGGUGGAAAAAGCACAUGACAGCCAUCCAGCUGAUCCAGUUUGUCCUGGUCUCGCUGCACAUCUCCCAGUACUACUUCAUGCCCAGCUGUAACUACCAGUACCCAGUCAUCAUCCACCUCAUCUGGAUGUACGGCACCAUCUUCUUCGUACUCUUCUCCAACUUCUGGUAUCAUUCUUACACCAAAGGCAAACGGCUGCCCCGUGUGGUUCAGCAAAACGGAGCUCCAGGUACUGCCAAAGUCAAGGCCAACUGA